AUGAACCCCGCCAACCCCGCGGUGACCCUGGACUCCCUACCCAACGAGUUAUUUGUCGACAUUCUAUCCGACUUCUCGACCAAGUCACUUCUCCCACUCACAACGGUCAACCGCCGAUUCCACGCCCUAGUCCUAAGAGUCCUUCACUACCGCUUACUCCUCAGCACACCACUCAAAGAGUACAAACUACUACUAGAGUGCUUCCACCCCAGCUCAAAGCUCACUGAACCACAUGUUUUCUGCAAAUACCUGGGGACAGACGGACUGAGCGAGCGCCAUGACGGACCAGGCUCGUCAUACGAGAAUGUCGAUACCGCCCACCAACUGGGUAGAGUGACAGGGCUAUAUUCACGCUUUCGGCCGGAGGUAAGCAGCGAGGAAGCAGAACAAGAAAGAACUGGUUCCUCUUUCGGUCUAUCGCCAGGUAGGAUGCUUUUGUUAUCGGGGGUAAUGGAGUACAUACGUGCUGACAUGAAUGGGGGUCGAGACGAUGGGGACGAGAAAGCAGUUAUACGUGAGGUUACUCUAGAUAGUCAUGAGGAUUUCUCUCAGUUGUGUGUGGUGGCCAAUUUAGUGCAGGUCAGACCCGGGACGUCGUUGCUGUUGAGUGCUUCGACUGUUGAGGAUGGGGUUGUUCGGUUGUGGAGGGAUUGGCUUUAUCGUCAUUGUAGAAGAUCGAAGAAAUCUGCUGACGGCGCUAUGGAAGAGGGCUCUGAGGGAUUCUCAUCGGAUGAUAUACUGUGGGUGGAUAUGGCCAAGACUGUUGGGUUGAAAUUGCGUGUACGGGAGAAGACAUGGAAUCCAUCUUUUCCUGUGCUGGUACAUCAGGACGACCUGGAUGAGAAUUCUUGGGUUGGAUAUGAGGUCGUUUUGGAAGAACUCCAUAUACGUUCCACUCGUUUACUUUUGGUUGUCGAGCAGUCAAAGGAGGAUCAACAGAGACAUCAAACAAAUGCCAUUGUAAUUGGGGCUGCUCCGGCUCCAAUAGGGUUGAUUGUUGGUGUAUGA